GAGAGAGAGAGAGAAAUAAAGAAAGAUCAGAAGAAGAAGCAGAAGGGGGGCAUAUCAAAUGAUGAACAUGGCUUGGAAGUCAUCAUCAGUCAUCAAAUUUCCCCCUAUCUGAUCUUCUAUUUCUGAAGAAUUUCUGUUUCUUCCUGCCUAGGUCAGCUUCAUGCCACUGCACUUCUUGCUUGGCUUAUUAACAGCACAAGUCUGAGAUCCACCAGUAGUCUAACGUAUAAAAAUCCAACCUUUUCUAAUUUUCUUGCAAAAAAGUCUGUAACUUGAAGCCUUAGACUGAGGAAAUCUUUUGGUUUGAUUAAUCUUUGCUUCAUUUUCCUCCCUUUUUGACUUCUUUUGCCACUCGUUUUUUUUUUCCAUGGGAUGUGUUAGUUUCUUGGGUACGCGUGACUAAUUGAUGAAAAUUUAGAGCCAGCUGAAAGAAAACCGGAUAAGAUCUAUGCCUAUUCCAGGUGGUGAGGAGAAAACGAGGGCUAUGGUUACAACAACUGGCUAUUGUUUCUCAGAUCCUUCAAACGUUAAUCCCAGUAUCCAGACUCAUAUAGUCACCCAGUUGCAAAGCUUUGAGUCCAAUCCAGAGAUCUAUAACUUGACUACUGGCAUGGAGAUGAUAGGGUUUCCAUCCAAGAAUCUACAACCGACUAGUCAUGAUAACAAUUCAGUUAUGUGGAAAGAGUUCUUUGGUAAGCCUUCUGGAAACCACCACCACCAUUAUCAGGCUGGUGGCGCAUCGUCUUCAAAGACCAUCAAUGAGCCAUCAUCGGCUAGUGAUCAAUUUUAUCAGCAAGAUUUCAGUGCAACUGGUAAGCCUGAUUUUUCAACUGGGAUUUCUGAUACAGCAAGUCAGGAGAGUCUGAUGGUUACGCAAGAUCAUCAUAAUCAGUCUUCAGCAGCUUGGCAUGUCAACAGAUCAGUGCUUCUCGGCGAUCCUUCUUUGAGAGUGGUGUUUCCUUGUGAAGGAAACGAAAGGCCUAGUCAAGGACUUUCACUGUCACUCGGUUCAUCUAACAAUCCUUCAACUAUUGGAUUACAAUCUUUUGAACUCAAACAUCAAGAUGAUAUGAGAUUUGCUCCCUCCACCUCAAGAGAUGGGCAGUUUAUUGGCAAGUCUUUGAAUAUUCAACAGCAGCAACAAAUGAUGGAAGAUGGGUUUUUGGGAAAAGCUGCAAACCUUCAUCAUCAAGGCCUGUUUCAGAUAAGAAGCUCAAAGUACUUGGCUCCUGCUCAGGAGCUACUGAAUGAGUUUUGUAAUCUCGAAACAAAGCAAACUGACCGUACGUCAAAGUUAAAGCUUCACAAAACCAGUCAAUGGCAGGACCAAGAAAAUGCAAGCAAUCCCUCAAAAAUGCAAUCUUUAUAUUCCCUUGACCUAAUGGAACUGCAGAAGAGAAAAGCUAAGCUGCUUCAAAUGCUAGAAGAGGUGGAUAGAAGAUACAAGCACUACUGUAAUCAAAUGAAGGCUGUGGUAGCAUCAUUUGAAGCGGUGGCUGGAAAUGGAGCAGCAGCAGUUUAUUCAGCCUUGGCAUCUAAGGCUAUGUCAAGACAUUUUAGAUGUUUACGGGAUGGUAUUGUUGGUCAGAUUAAGGCCACCAAGAAGGCUUUAGGGGAGAAAGACACGGCUGCUCCUGGUACAACGCGAGGCGAGACACCGAGGCUUAGACUUCUUGAUCAAGCAUUAAGGCAACAGAGGGCUUUUCAGCAGAUGAGCAUGAUGGAAAGUCAUCCAUGGAGACCUCAACGCGGCCUUCCUGAGAGAGCCGUAUCUGUUCUUCGCGCUUGGCUCUUUGAGCACUUCCUUCAUCCGUACCCGACUGAUGUAGAUAAACACAUUUUAGCUCGCCAAACAGGUCUCUCAAGAAGUCAGGUGUCCAAUUGGUUCAUUAAUGCCAGAGUAAGGCUAUGGAAGCCCAUGGUGGAAGAAAUGUACACUGAAGAAACCAAGGAGGGAGAAAACUCGGGGGAGUCCUUGGAUGGAGGACCAGCUAAAGGAGGCCUUGAUGAUCAUCAAAACCCUCAUCAUCAGUCUAGAGCUGAUCAAGAUCAGAAGCCAACACCGGACCAACUUGUUAGAAUUGAUUCUGAGUGCCUCUCUUCAAUUAUCAACAACCCUGAAAAGAAUGACAGCAAAAGUAGCAAAAGCCUUCAUCAGGAAGAUCACAACUUGCAGCACAUCCAACACCAUAGUUUCAGUAGAGCCUCGGAUUCAUUUGGCGCCGUGGAGUUGGACUUCUCAUCAUACAAUCAUCACUCAGCUGGUGCUCUCUCUUAUGAAAAUGCACAUCAGACCUAUGCCGCUGGUGGCAGCGGCAGCGGCAGCGGCAGCGGGGGCAGUGGUACUGGUGGUGGGGUGUCCUUAACGUUGGGUUUACAGCAGCACAGUGGAGGUGGGGUGAGUUUGGCAUUCUCUCCAGCUUCACAAAAUUCUCUCUUUUACUCUAGAGAGCACAUGGAAGAUUGCCCACCAGUUCAGUACUCACUCUUGGAUAGUGAAGGCCAGAAUUUGCCGUAUAGGAACUUGAUGGGGGCACAAUUGCUCCAUGAUUUGGCAGGAUAGGAAAUAGAAUGUUUGGAGAUCUCCCAUAGGAUGUUCAUCGAUCAACACUUUCAAGGGUCCUCAGUCAUGGAGGGAUGGUGAUGGUUGACGACUGAAAUGUGCACUACUGGGUGAAACUAUGGAAAUGCAACAUACAUUUUUAGUCCUACAAGUUACUAUAUAUAUUUUGGCUAGGUACACCGUAUACAAUGGAAAUUAAUGGAUUAAUGGCUAUAAAUUUUGAACAUUUUACUGCUUUGGAAGAGUAGUUAGAGUUGCUUUUGAGCUGGACGCCUAGUAUUGCUAGCAAUCGAUGAUGCAAGACUAUACAGAUCUUUAAUUCUCCUCUUUUCGAAGAUAAGAUUCUGUAAUUUAUAAAGUUUUUUCAUCUUGCAGCUAUGUAAAUAAGUAGAAGGUGGUGAAUUGUGAUUCC